UGGUCGGACACAGCCUCUGUGCUCACAACACUAGGCUGUCCCCAAGGCAGGGAGAGGUGGGGGGGGGGAAGAGUUUAAAUAGGGAACUAAAUGUGUUUAAAUUAAGUAAGGACUUGAGAAAGAAGGCCACAUCAGCUUUUGUUCGGGUUUUAGUUUUUCCAAAGUUAGCGAGGUCAAUUUUAUACAGUGCCAAGUUUUUUUAAAUUUCUUUUUCAACGUGAAAAAAAAAAAAUCGAAGCUCUGAGCGGCGUUGUCAGUGCUGGUGUCGUUGGUAGGAAUUUGUUUUGUAUUUUCUUACUUUAUUAUUUUAUUAUAACUGUCCAACAGGAAAGUUCCGGUCAAGUGGACGCGUGCUAGUUGAGUAUUUUUUUUUGUUAUAGAGUACAAUCGUCGGAGAAUCAAAAUCGCCGCCGUCAACCCUACGACUUGUUACGUUGCCAAGUUAGCUUUUUGUAUGCGAGCGACAGCGGCGAAUCUUUAUUAUUAAAUAUCGAUCAGAGACAAAAUAGAGAAAACCCUACGCCCGAAACAGGGAUACACUGAGACAGAGACAGGGAAAGCCAGCUCGCAUUUCCACCUCACCGUGGUAGUCAACCUGAACCAUCCGCCACACGGCUCUCCCCCCACGCCACCCCAGCAUGCUGUCCCUGCCACCUCUACCCCCCCUGCUCCUGCUCCUCGCUCUAUCAUCGCCGUGCUUCGCCGCCGGCGCCCGCUAUGCCGACAACCUCUUCUACGGCGCCCCGAGCCCCGGCAGCCUCGACGCCGGCCACGCGAACACCCGGCAAGACGACCGCCACCACCACCACCACCACCAGCAGCAGCAGCAGCAGCAGACGAUGACUACUGCGGAGUCGGCUGUGCCGCCGCAGAGGGGCGGUCGCCGGGCGCGGUUUGCGCUGCAGGACGAGGUCAACCUGCUGGCGUUCGGCCUGCUGCAACUGGGCCAGGGCGUGCGCGAGCUCUCCGAGCGUACGGCGGAGCGGCUGGCGGCGGCGAACGGCGCGGUGGAGCGGGCGGCCGCGGCGGCGCACGGCGCCGAGAGGCGCGCCAGCGAGGCCGAGAAGACGGCGCGGGAGCUGCGGGAGAGGCUGGGCAGGCUGGAGGAGGCCUGGGUGCCGGCGAGAAGGAGAGAGGCGCGGAGAGACGAGUCGGAGUCUGGCGAGGGCGACGAUGUGGGAGCCCUGGAUCCUCCGUCGGAGCUGAGCGAACGGAACGUGGAGUCGACUCGUCUCCGGCUCAAACGAGAGAUGAACCGUCGCGGCGCGUAGCGCCACUCCGUUCCAUCUCCUCCCGUCGUUUCUCGCGCAGCUCAAGUUCUCCUCGGAGGGCGACCGGGAGGACCGCAGGAAGCGGCUUUAAGCCCCACGACUCUGGCUGCCGCGCCAGCGCCCCCCGCCACGGAGAACCCCGCGCGCCCGCCAGCCGGCUCGCCUCGCGCAUGCUGCCCGACGCGCAAAGCUCGUUUCUCAACUCUCCCACGUCGCGUUUUAGGUUUCCGCGCUUUCAAUAUAUAUGUGUAUAGCGUAAACGGACUGUUGUAUGUAUGUUGAACUUCUUAUGCGCCGUACGUGGCCAAACGUGCUAAUCGGAGGUGCAAGUGCUGUUAGCGGGUAGCACCUAUGAAGGCCAGCACGGCACACGAGGGGCUGGUGGCCAGCAACACGCUCGGCCGCGUUUGUCUGCCUACUGGUACGAUGUUUUACACAUCGUACCAGGUACUAGGGGAGGCCCAGGACCGGUUCAGUGUUGGGGGUGAGCAGGAAUCGAACUCGGGUCACCAGGUUUACAGUGCAGCACGCCAACCGAUACGAUACUGCUCCCCAUAUAUAUACACACACACACACACACGAUGUAUAUCGGUAAAUCUAACGUGUCGUAGCCAUGCCACGAACCUGACAAACUUUGAAAAAAAUAUUAACUCACAUCUCAAAUUCCUGUGCGUUGUUUCAAUUUUAUACAAACAUAAUAACCGCACGCGAGCGAGGUGCAGAGGGAUUAUUAAGUAGGUUGCUAGAUUCUAGAUUUGAAGCUGUCGUGACUGCAAGGAUCCAUACUCUUUGUUUUUUUUCGGUAAAGUCACAUAGGUAAAAUAAAAAUAAAACAAUUAAAUCA